CCCGUGGAGCGGCGAACAGUAUAAAUACAGAGCACGUCUGUGAUAGUUCUCUUUGAUUUAAACAUGUCUCCCAUGAGUAUCAUCACCGCGACGACCAUUCUCCUCUGCCUGACACAGACUGACUCAGCCCGAGAAAAAGUCUCUGUACCUGGUGCUCAAGGAUGUUGUAUGAGCUACACCCGGAGCCCUGUCCCUUUUCACCGGAUCAUAGGGGUGAAGACACAGAGCGCACAGGAGAACUGUGACCUUGAUGCCAUCAUUUUUGAAACAGUGAAAAAGAACAAGAUAUGUGCAGACAUAAGAGAUGCGUGGGUGCGAAGAAUUUUGAACAUGCUAAGUGAACGUCUUAAGAAGUUGGCUACUAAAGAUAUUAAAGAGAGCCCGGUUGCUCGCAGCAGCAGAAGUUCUUUCAGUACCACCGAAAGCUCCCAAAACAUCACAGAAUCUUUCUAUAAUUCAAGCAGCUUUGAGGCUUUGGUUUGACAAGUUCAUCUAAAGUUUCCUGUUGUACACUGAACUGAAACCAUUGUUUCUGCUAAAGUGCACUCCUUUUGGCCUCCACUAGAUGGCAAGAUUGCUCAGCUAUAAAUCUAUGACAUCAGUUUCAAUUAAAUUUGACAAAAACAUAUUUAAUAAA